UUUCAAGUGCAAGUGAGUAGGUAACAAAUUCUAGAAAAAUCAAAAUAAAUAAAGCAGCACGCAAUUAAUGCUACGCUUACAGUAAACAAUUUUAAAUUGAACGAACAGCGGCAGCAACAACAACAACUACAACAGCAACGAACUAAACCAUCUUUUCAACCAGUGCGAAUUUCAUCAAAACAAUAACAUGUUGCUAAGACUUGCAUUGUCAACGGCUCGUCCGAGCAGCUUCCUUGUGGCCACAGCCAAAUCCUCGCAGGCAUUUCUCAAAUCGCAGCCCACUCUCAACAUCGUGCGCAGCUAUGCCCGUGGUCCCGUGCGCAGCACUCGUGCACCUGUCCAGGCAACACCAGUGCCAACACGCGCACCCACACUCAAGGAGAAGCUAAUGUCGCCACCAAGUGCCAACGCUUAUUCAUUGGGCAAAGGAGCAGCAGCUGGAGCAGCGGUCGUUGGACUCGGAGCACUCUGCUACUACGGCGUCGGCAUGGGCAAAGAGACUAGCAUUGCAGACAACGCCAUCAUGUGGCCGCAAUAUGUUAAGGAUCGCAUUCAGUCGACAUACGCCUUCUUUGGCAGCUCUUGCAUACUGACGGCUGCUUCGGCAGCAGCAGUCUUUCGCUCGCCACGCCUACUCUCGCUGGCCUCUCGUGGCGGUCUGCUGUGGACAUGCGCUUCACUGGCGCUUGUCAUUGGCAGCGGUGCGGUGACACGUUCUAUGCAAUACCAGGAGGGAUUGGGUCCCAAGCAUCUCGCCUGGGCGCUGCACUGUGCCAUUUUGGGCGGUGUCAUUGCGCCAUUAUGCUUUCUGGGCGGUCCGAUCCUAACGCGCGCUGCACUCUACACGGGUGGCAUUGUCGGUGGCCUGUCCACGAUCGCUGCUUGUGCUCCAAACGAUAAAUUCUUGUAUAUGGGUGGACCACUGGCCAUUGGCCUUGGUGUUGUAUUUGCCUCAUCGCUUGCCUCGAUGUGGCUGCCACCUACAACCAUGAUUGGCGCUGGACUGGCCUCAAUGUCUCUCUAUGGCGGCUUGUUGCUCUUCAGCGGAUUUCUGCUCUACGACACUCAGCGGCUGGUUCGCAAAGCGGAGGUGUGUCCUCAAUAUGCGUAUGCGCCCUUCGACCCCAUUAAUGCUUCAAUGUCCAUCUAUUUGGACGUAUUGAAUAUAUUCAUACGGAUUGCGACCAUUAUGGGCGGUAGCCGUAGAAACUAAACGAACUAUAGCCGUUGUGUGAUGCAAAAACCUUAUGAAUUAUGAUAUAAAAAUAUUUAAAUAAAGCCGGCUUAAGCCAACAAAAUUUAAA